UUUGAUUAACUUAAGACAUCUCAGCUUUUUUACAUUUGACAGUGAACUCCAAAUGCCUAAAGGGAUGGGACAAUUGACUUCCCUUCAGACACUACAGUUCUUCAAUGUUGGAAAGGGUAAAGGCCGCACAAUUGGGGAGCUGGGCUGCCUAAAAAAUCUUAGAGGCCGCCUUCAGAUUCGCAAUCUAGAACUGGUAAAUGGCAAAGAAGGAGCUCAGCAGGCAGAUUUACUGAAAAAGCCUUACGUGGAUGACUUGGGAUUCCAAUGGGGUAGUGGUAAUCGAGAAGAUGACAAUGAUGAAAAUGUGUUGGAAGGCCUCCAACCCCAUCCAAAUCUGCAUAGUUUACGCAUUAGAAAUUACAAUGGUGGCCGAUUUCCAAAAUGGUUAAUGACCAUGGCAGUAUGCAAGAAUAGCAUGGAUGCGUCAUCAUCAACAAGACUAAACAAGUUGGUAAAGCUGAGAUUAAGAUACUGCAAAAUGUGCACAGAAGUUCCUGCCCUUGGACUGUUGCCAUCUCUUCAAUUUCUCGAGUUGAAAGGCUUGGAGAACUUAAAAAGCAUUGGACCAUCAUUCUAUGGCAGUGCCGAUGAUUACUGUGGAUUAAGAAGCAGUAGAAAUAGUGGUGAAUUGUCAAGCAAUUUGUUUCCGGCUCUUAAAACUCUCAAGUUAGUAAAAAUGCCAAACCUAAUAGAGUGGUUGGGAGUAGAAGCAACACCAACAGGAGAUGGUAAUGAAGGACUGCGAGUGUUCUUUCCUAGUCUUGAGGACUUGAAUAUUAAGAUGUGCCCCAAAUUGACCACGGCUCCAAGUAAUUUCCCAAUUCUGAAGAAAUUGACAAUCGAGAAGAUGGACCAACUUUUGCCCGUAAAACAGAUCUGCAGCAAUGCAACCACUCUCAAUGACCUCUGGAUCAAAGGAAUGCCGGAGCUUACUUGUGUUCAAGAUGUUCUGACCAAACAGAACUUAGAGUGGCUAACACUGGAGGACUGCCCCAAUUUGAUUGACAUACAGGGCUGCGGAACUUCUCUAAAAAAAUUGGACAUUAUCAACUGCGAGAAGCUAAGCGAGCUGCCAGAAGAUCUGCAUCAGCUACAGGCUUUAGAAACACUAAAUGUGAUGCAAUGUCCAAAUAUCAAGUCAAUUGCAAUUCCUUCAGGACAGCACGGCAUUAAAUUCCUCCGAGAAUUGAGAAUUGUUGAUUGCAGCGGGUUGAAGAGCCUACCAGCUGAAAUGUUACACUCUCGUACAUCUCUUAGUCGUCUGGCGGUGAAAAGGUGCUCCAACUUUGAGUCAUUUCCAAUUGAUUUGCAACAAACACCUUCUCUGGUGACGUUACUCUUAUCUUUUUGUCCCAAACUGACCACUAUACCCAAAGGACUUAAUCCCUUAUCUUGCUUGAGGGUGUUGAGUAUUGGUCCCUUCCCAGACUUGAGGCUGGAAGCUGAAUUGUUAUCGGCACUGGCUUCCUCAUCUGUCCGUGCCCUCACAAUUGUUGGAUGGCCUCAUUCAAACUCGCUGCCAGAACAGCUUCAGUACCUGACUGCCAUUACACUACUGAGAAUUUCUAAGUUUGGAUCCGUUGAAACUUUACCUGACUGGUUGGGAAACCUUGGCUCUCUAGAAAGACUACACCUGAUUGAUUGUGAAAAGCUUAGGUAUCUGCCUCCUAUGGCAGCUAUGCGGCGUCUCACCAAACUAAGGUUUCUGUCAAUUGCUGAUUGUCCUUUGUUACAAGAAAGUUGCUCCAAGUCUGAGCGGCUGAAGAUAUCUCACAUUCCCACCAUACUGAUUGAUGAUGAAAGAGUUGAUCUAACUCAACUUUGAAGUUCACUACAUUCUAUGGUAGAUUGGAUAAAGUUCUGGGGAUAAAGGUUCUCAUGGUGAUCAAAUGAUUCCAGGAUGGCCUAGGUGGCCGGGGUCUCAAGAAAUUGAAAGAGACAGAAUGGUAUGUUCAAUUUGUUAGCAUCCUAGCAUGAGGAAAGAAUUCGUUUGUUGAAUUGGUUACAUGAAUUUGUUUGUUUUCACAAAUAACAAAGAAAGUAGACGGGCUACAGAAACAUCUGAAAUCUUGAAUUUAUUAGGAUUCUGAGCUGUUGACCUUUCUUUAAGUAGUAGGACUAUGUGUUGUGACAACUGAUUUUCAGGGUAUGAUUGAUAGGAUGAAGGCAACGAGCAAAGGUUGGGCUGCAAAGGUUCAUGUUAUAUGUGGUGGAAGAGUUUAAGUGAUCAAAUCUGCACUUGUGCCAGUCCACAGUUAGGAAACUGCACUUGCUACUGCAGUGUAAUUAUCAGUUUUGUUGGACAAAUAGUCACUUGAGUCUUUCUGGUGGUUUUUAGCGUAAUUGAAGACUUUAGAGCAAAUUAAUGUUUUUUCAUGGUGCAAUGUGAAGAUAACAAAAGAAACCACAUAACUGAGCUUAGAAUG